ACCAUGAUGAUCACCGGAGUGGUGGGCAAUGCCCUGGCCAUGCUACUGGUGUCCCGCAGCUACCGGGCCAAGGAGAGCCGGCGGAAGCGCUCUUUCCUGCUGUGCAUUGGCUCUCUGGCGCUCACUGACCUGCUGGGGCAGCUGCUCACCAGCCCCAUCGUCAUCUCUGUCUACCUGUCUGACCGUGCCUGGGAUGCCAUCGACCCCUCGGGCCACCUCUGUGCCUUCUUCGGCUUCAGCAUGACAGUCUUCGGCCUCUGCCCGCUCUUCAUUGCCAGCGCCAUGGCCGUGGAGAGGACGCUGGCCAUCCGGGCACCGCACUGGUAUGCCAGCCACAUGAAGACACAGGUGACGAAGGCGGUGCUGCUCAGCAUCUGGCUGGCUGGCUGUGCCUUCGCCCUGCUGCCUGUCACUGGCCUGGGCCGCUAUGCGCUGCAGUGGCCAGGCACAUGGUGCUUCAUCAGCACUGGCGACAGCCAGCUCACAGGGAGCCUGUUCUUCGCCUCCACCUUCGCCGUCCUGGGGCUCUUCUCCCUCCUGGUGACGGUGGCCUGCAACCUGGCCACCAUUGAGGCCUUGGUGUCUCGGUGUCGGACCAAAGCAACAGCAUCACGCUCCAGCAAGGAGUGGGGGCGAAUCACCAUGGAGACUCUGAUCCAGCUGCUGGGCAUCAUGUGUGUCCUCUCGGCUUGCUGGUCACCGCUGCUG